GUAUAAGUUUUAAACUAUUUUAAACAACUGAUUUAAUACUGUACUCAGCAAUGAUGAUUGUGAAGCUUGGUUGAGGUGGUGGAGUCAGAAGGUGAAAGAGGGUGGAUCGUCCGGCUGCUCCUCUUGCUGUUCUUUCCAAAGUGCCAGAGGUGCUCAACUCCCAGCUCUGCCACAGGCCUGCCCCCACUCCACCCUUCCCCCAAGGCCCCACCCCGCCCCGCCUCUUCCUGCCACUGCUCCACCCCUCCCCCCAAGCGCGCCGAGUCCUCCUCCCCUUGCCCCCCAGCCUCCUGAACACUGCAAAACAGCUGAUCAAUUAUGUUUUCAUAAUUGCUGCAGGCAGGAGGCGCGGGAAGAGAGGGGACAGGCUGUACGCCACAUCCUCGCUCCUCCCCCCCUCCAGAGUCUCCCCUCCCCAGGAGCCUCCUGAACGCCACGAAAAAGCUGACUGCUACGGGCGGGAGGCACGGAGAGGGAAGGGGGAGUUGCGGAUCUGCGGGGCUGCCAGUGGGUGGGAGGCGACUGGGGGGGGGGGGCUGGAGGGGAGUUGAUAGGGGUGCCGGCCCACCCUGGUUCCAAGCCCCCAUGGCUAAACAGCAUUAUAAGCAAACAUUGUGCAACUUUAAAUGAGUAUGUUCUCUAAUCGAUCAGCAACGUAACAAUGAAACAACGUUAACCAGGACAACAUUAAGUGAGGAGCUGCUGUAUAUACAAGAAACCCAUAGCUCACCCUUACCUCCACAGAUCCCUCCCAGACGCACCAAAAAAUCUGUUAUCUGCAGCCAGGUCUUCAGAAACCACAGAAUUUCCUCCAAAGAGAAAGUCCAGGAUACACACCUAAACACAUUUAAAACUGCCUUCACUAAACAAGGACACUUCAUCAAAGAAGUAGAUUUCACUAUGGAAUGGGCCACCCAAAUACCUUGGAGAACCUACUUCCAUAUAGGGAAAGAACCAAAACAAAAAACCUCUGAGCCCACACUGGAAUCCAUACAAGGCAUCUCGAAACAACUACAGCCCAUAUUUGAUGGGGACCCCACCCUGAAAGAAAUCUUUCCUGAACACUCUCUUCUGGCCUAAACAGCGGCAAGCUUGCCAAGCUCAUUGUCAGAAGCAAGCUCACCACAGACCAGAACCAACCAACUCAAAGCAGCAUCAGACCCUCACAGAACAAUGAAUGCAAAACCUGCAGACAUAUCUCCGCUGCUGUGAUGAUCAGCAUCAGCCACAACGUACCUUUUAAGAUUCAUGGGCCCUAUAUAUGCCUGUCACAAUGUCAUGUACCUCAUCCAGUGCAUCAAAUGCCCCAAUAACAACUAUGUGGGUGAAAUCAGUCAAUCACUAUGCUUUCGAAUGAACUCUCACAGAAAAUGAUAAAAGUCAAAAAAAAAAAACAUAUCACCCAGGGUGAACAUUUCUCACAAAGUGAUCACUCCAUAUUUGCUCUUUCAAUAGUCAUCUUCAAAGAAAUCCACACAACACCUUCAAAAGGUGAGGCUGGGAACUUAAAUUCAUAACUUUGCUACACACCAAUCACCAUUGACUCAACAGGGACUCUUGUUUUAUGGUUCAUUACAACAAUUUGUAAUGUAUCAGACUGCCUGCUACCCUUAAUUGCCCACUUCAAACCCCUUAUGCAUAACAAUCUAAUCUGUAAUUGUCCACUUCUUUUCAACUGGCCUCCAACAUGUGUUAUCCCUUAUGCUUAACAGUCUGUGUCCCACCUUGUAUUUAGGUCAAACACCCUGAUUUCCUUCCCCAGAUCUGAAGAAGAACUCGGUGUAGCUCAAAAGCUUAUACCUUCCAUCAGCAGAAGUUGGUCCAAUAAAAGAUAUUACCUCACCUACCUUGUCUCUCUGUAAACCACUUUGAAAUCUUCAGAUGGAAGGUGUUAUAGAAGAGCAAAUAUUAUUAAUUAAUACAUUAUUGUAUUGCUUUAAAAUCCUGCUUCUUUUCUCACGUAGACAGUUUAAAAAUGAUCUUAAAACUAAUCCUAAACGAGUGAAACUUGGCACAUCUGCUCAUCGGGGUUGAAUUAGAUACAAAAGCGGAACUUGAUGGAUUCUGAGGGUUUUUUUUUUAUUAUACCUCACAUUGCUCUCUUGGAGAGCAAAGUUUGAAAGGCCAGUGGUGGUAGCAGCAGAACAUAGCAGUGAGUCUCUGGGUUCUGUUGCUGCAGGAUAUGUGACUGGGCAGCUGGCCCAUCUCCUUGAAGAUCCUUACAAGGUGGAUUUGGCAGAAGUGAGGAGGGAGCAGACAGACAUUCCUAACCCUGCUUCCCCCAUCCCCUAAGAAACAGUAAUGAAGGGAAUGGGCCAGCUGGACACUCCUUGAACAUCUUGCAGGGAAGUAGCCAGAAGACAUCACUGGAUUGAAUAGCAAGGAGAUACACUGCCUUUAAAAGUCUUCCUCAUAAAGGCUAACUAAAAGAUACAGGGAGGCCCACAUCUAUUGGGGAUAUAGGGAGCCAUGGGUAGCUCUUGAUUUGGACUGAAUGGUAUACAUUUUUAGGGGAUCUAAACAUCACCCAAAGAGCUACAUCCCUAAAUAUCCAAAUAAAAACUGCAAUACUGUUGAUAGAUUUAAGCAUAAUAGACAAAGGGAGGGAUUUCCAAAAGCAAGAGAUUUAGGAGCACAAGUUCUAUUGAAAGUCAGUGGGAUUUGUGCUCCUAAGUGACUUAGGAAUUUUUGAAACUCCUACCCUAAGUAUAAAAAUGAGUCUUUAAAGCUUACAAUAAAAUGCUUCAAAUGCAGUGGGAUAUGUAUCCAUGACAGAUGUAUCAAAUACAUUAAUAUAGGAAGCCUGACUUAAGUGACCACUCAGCACACCAGCACAAAUUCAUUGCCUAACAAAGAGGUCUAGAAUCAACUCAGAUUUUACAGGAAGCCUCUGGAAUAUUUAAAAUAUCAUAUCUUAUUUUCAAUGGUGUCUUUAAUAAAAAUGUAUCUGUAGAGGAGAAGGCACUUGCACCUACAGCAAUGAAACGGCAUAAAGGAAUGGGGGGGGGAGCACUCUCCUGCCUAUCUGUUCUCUCUUUCUGCACAGAGAAAUUAAUAAAGUACUUAAUUUUAACAAGGGAAAUUGAACUUCCCUUGCCUCCCCUCAGGAUGAGCCUUGAUCACUUUUGAUUUACAUACAGUCUAUUUUUUCCACAUAUCUUUGCCCAGAUUUUGUUUAUCAGGAUAUAAAAUAUAAUUCUAAGUACACUUCUGAUAUUUGUAUUUACACAUUUUCUCAGUUUUUUCAUUCUUCAUGACUAGGACAUUUUAUCUGAAGCAGUUAUGAACUCUCUGUCUAGCCAGAUGGUGCCUUUGUUCCUGUCUAAACUUCAGUAGAAACUGGAAAAACCUGUUGAUUUUUUUUUUAUACCUUUCCUAUUGGCAAAAGAGAUGUAGAGAAGGUGGUGCCUUGCCUUCAGCUGUGAUGUCACUUUACAUAACCACAGCCUUCUUUGUCCAUUAUUCCAGAGGCUUUCACUGGCCUCUGAGUUGUGAAGGCUUUGAUAGUUGUUUCAAUAAAUUUCAUUUGUUAUUUAUGGAACAGUUUUGUGUGAUCGCUUUAUUUUUCUUCAACCAAUCCAGAGAAACAGUGAUUUGUACGUGGCUCUGUUCCAGCCUUUAAACUAACAUCUUAUAGAUCUCACAAGGAGCGUACUGUUGACAGUUAAGUUUUGUUGUGCCAUGCAGUUUGUUUGCACAUAGGAAAUAACUUAGAAGUUUUGCAGUGAUUCUAGAGUGUUAUGACAGUGUUGGGUAAAUCAAGAUCUGUAACACACACCAACUCAGGAGCAACAAUUUAAUGCAAAACUAGUGAAGGUGUGAAGAAGCUACUAUUUCCAUAUCUCUUCCUUUUUCUCUCUUGUUUUGCAUUGGUAUCAGAACAAGUAAAGUAAAAAUGGCUCAGCUGUGUGAAAAGUGUGUGAAGUUGCUUCAGGACUUUGUGUCCCUUGUGAAGAGGAUGUCCUCAAGUCUGAUACAGAACAUUAAGGAGUAUUUGAUUCUGAUAAGUGAAUGCUCUUGCCUAAAACGAAAGACCUCUGAAGCCAGACAGCUAUACAAACCUGUCCUUCUGCCACACGAAAAGGAGAUGGCGCGAGAGUUUCUACAGCACAUUGAAACAGGUUUUGAAAUGUCACCAUUUGGAAAGGACUCCCUGGAAGCUCUGAGGACCUUAGCAUUUUCAGAAAACCCUGGUUUACAGCAGUCUGCGGCUCUGUAUUACUUGCAUAUGAGUCAGCACUUGAGCACCCAUCUGCCUGCUGAGCAUUUGGAAUCCUAUUAUGCUUUACUGCAGUCCAGUGACAUGGAGGUUCAGCAGAUAUCUUCCUUGUCCCUCGUAAAUUUUUUGCUGGAAGGAAACAUAAACAAAGAACAAGUUGUCCAAAUGGGUUUACUUGAGCCAAUUCUGGAGCUGCUCGAGUCAGGGGACUCCACUGUCCAGUGCAACUCCUGUGCCUGCAUAAUGACUUUGGCUGUCUCAGAGUCCAACCGAGAGGCCAUCGGCUCAGCGGGAGUUAUACCCUUGCUGGCACUUGCCAACUCCUAUGAUCCUAGAGUCCAACAAAAUGCAGUUGGAGCUAUUCUCAACCUCACACGAUCAGAGCGGAUCCAGCAAGUCCUGUGCAGGGAAGGAGCCCUCCCUGUCCUCAUCCUAAUGUUAGAAUCUCCCGACUCAGAAGUACAGUAUUAUAGUUGUGCAGCUUUAAGCAAUGUGGCAGCCAACUCUCAGUACCACGAAGCCAUGUUGCGAGUUGGGGAUCAAUUCCUUCUGCGGACACUCAUUUCUCUCCUGUCUUCAUCUGUGGACAAGGUUUCAAGCCAAGCAUGUGUUUGUCUGAGGAACUUGGCCACAAGUGUGAACAUUCAGGCUGACAUCAUUGCUAUGGACAUCCUGCCCAAGCUGCUGUAUCUCCUUGCAUCUAGCAAUUCAGAUGUUCAACAAGCUUCUAUUGGACUCCUCUGGAUAUUAUCCCAACACCCAGCCAACCAGGACGCUCUGAUGCAUGGAGAGGUGCUGCAGAACCUGGGGAUGCUAUUGUUAACUCACCCAACGGACCCAGGCAUUGUUGGUCACACUGCCUGUAUCAUCAAAAAUCUGAGCCUUUGCAAAACCACACAGGGAAUCAUUGAAAGUCCAUGUGUGGAAGGACUCCUCCAGGCUAUCCUGUCUACUGAAAUUCAAGAAGAAUCUCUUCAUUACGUGACAUGUUCUCUUGGUGAGCUGGCAACGCAUGAAGGUGCCACAUUACAUUUGCUAGAAUUGAUGAAUGAACCCCUGAUAAAGCGCCUAGUGAGAUUGGCUGGGCAACGGGAACAUACAGAGCCAUCAUUUCAAGCUGCCUCCAUUGUCCGACGCAUGAUAUGUCAUGAUAAAGUGAUGUCUCUGCUGAAAUGCCACCUGGAGGAAGUCCAGCGCUACCUCAUGAAUUUUCUCAGCCACCAAGAGAUUCGCUUUCAGCAGCUGGGUAUUUCUACGCUGGGAAAAUUACUGGAAGAUCCAGAAUUUUCAUCUGCAUUCAGCCAGAGUCAAUUGAUGGAGUAUCUUGAGCAAGUCCGUCAACAGACAGAAGAAACUCAGGAGCUCCUUAAAAUGGCUACCAGCCAUAAAGGCAGUUAACAUUUUAUUUACUCACCUCAUGAAAUGCUAUUCCAGCCUGCAGCCUGAUCCCUCAGAAAGGGUUAACUUUUUUUUUUUUUUAAUUACUUCUCAUAGCCAAUAUUUUCCUACCACUUGCAGUUCCACCCAACACAUAAUGACCCAUUGGAAUCACAUACUUUAUAGGGCCUUAAUGUUUUGAUAACGGAGUACGGUCUAGAAAAAGGUGUGAAAAAACAUGUCAACUUACUCUAUUAAAAUGUUUAAUGGCUACAGCUAUAUUCCUGCCAUGUACAUGGCUGAUAAAAUACAUGCAAAGUUUAGCCAAUAUUGGGUAUCUUUUUGAACACACAGUAAGCACUGUGUGUGUGUGUGAGGUUUUAUUUAUGUAAAAAACAGGUUUUAUUAAACACACAUUCUUCCCAACACAUUUGUAUAUGCAAACUAUGCUGUGCUCUUUGAUAUUAACAAUAUUCUAUUACCA